CCUUCUCCUGCACGUCGAGCCGGAGCCUCGGUUACCCGUUAGGUUCUCCGCGACUCCGAAUCUGCAUCGGCUCUAUUGGGCCGCAUCUGUGGUGGUCUGAUGGCUCUUUGAGGCGCGCGCGGAACGCGACGCGCCGUACGCUCGGGAAGAAACUUAGGUAUAGGAGCACCAUGUCAGCACCACUAGGUAUAUUUCAUUAUCUACCCUCACACUUUCUAGCAUCAUCACUUGUUUUAUUAUCAAGUUGCAAGAACAAUUUCGUCAGUUCAAGUUUAGUCUUCUUUGCUAGUCUAUUCAUUCUCUUAUGAAAAAGAAGUGGUUUAUGGUGUUGAAAAGCUGGCUUAGACAAACUCCUGGAAUCCUUGAAUAGACAUUACAAUGCAUAUGAGGCCAAAUACAAUGAACUAUUCAAAACAAUAAUAACCCGACUACGAAAAACAAUACUCUUAUAUUGUUUUUUGCGCGUAUGUUAUGUUUAAAUUUUUACUUACGAUACUUUCCAUUAACUCCACCCUUAUUUUGCAUUAGAAUUGAUUUUUUUUAUAUUAAUUAAAAUAGAAAUCAUAAUAAAAGUAUAAACAAACAAAUAACUUGACAUAAAUGGCAUUUGACCUCUGUCAAACACGAUGUUUGGAAGUUGUAAAAUAUUUUAUGAAAUUACAAUAAACUAGUACGGACUUUCGUUGGUAGUGGUGAAGGUUACGCACGUGUUUUUGUGAACUUUUGUCAUUCCUACGUUUGUUUUCAAUUUAAGUGAUCCAAUUCAUAGUGAUCGGAAUCGAAAUCUUUUAAAUUUUGUGUUGUCGUGUUGGUUAAGUGUGUGUGUGUAAGUUUUUAACAGGUAGGUGUGUUUCUAAGUAAAAUUUUAUCGAGACGCGCGGCCGCGCGUCAGUCAAGUUCAGCAAACAGCGCGCGCCACAGUGUAUCUUUACACGAACCACUUCGUGCCACUUUUGCCCCCUCUAUAACUCAAAAACUAUUUUCAGUAUAAAAAUAUUGAAAAGCUUUAUAAAAAUAAUGACUGAUGAAAACUGGCCAAGUCAAAUCUAACCUACUUUAAGAUCUCACAUUUUUAGAUAACAGCAAUUAUUAUAGGUAUCCAAUAAAGCAAAGAAAUAUAGUUUGAUUCUCGUUCAUAACGUUAUUUUGUUCCUAUAGAUACAUAUUUAAAUUUUGCAUAGAACUUGGCACUCAUUUAGAUCUUCAUUCUUUUUUCGGCGAAGCCCACGUCAAAGCAUAAUAUUUGGGCUGAACUUGGCUCCCUUUUUUUACAUUUAUGUUUUUGGUGGGAUCUAUAUCUACAGAAAUGGAUGAGGUGAAGCCACCAGACCCUCCCGAUCCCGACAAAUUCCCGGGAAAAUGAGACUGAAACCAUUCAAAAAAUCACUCUUCCUCCCGACACCCCGGAUAUCGAAUUAAUGGAUUCAGAAGUUCCAAAAACCCGAAAAUGACCUGCAGGCUCCCCCCCUAUCACCCAGAACAACCCUCCGAAAUUGGCUAAAAGUAUAAACGGUCGACAGUGUUAUACGGCCAGGGAUAAUCCCCCUUACGUAGUUUAUGUGUCUCUUAAGGACUCCCAGACGUCUGGCACUACUCUCCACCCAGUUAAGUUUGGAAUGUUUUUAAUGAAACUCAAUAUUAAUAAUGUUAAAAUCGGUGGUGUCAAACGGCUGGGGAGGAAUAGAGUUUCGGUUGAAUUUGUGACGCACCAGGAUGCAAAUAGCUUCCUAGUAAACGGUAUGGUGGCUCAAAGCUAUGUGACAUCGAUACCACAAUUUAACAUCACACGAAUGGGCAUUGUUAGGGACGUCCCUGUCGAAUGGACAGAGAACGAAAUUAUUAGCAAUAUCAGGGUUCCCGCCGCGUGUGGGGCUGUAAUAAAGGCUAGGAGAAUGAACCGCAAAGUCUCAACCACAAACGGUACCGAAUGGAAGCCUACUCAAACUGAAGUGCUUACUUUUGAUGGCCAAACACUACUUAAAAAAGUGUUUUGUUCUUCCUCAGCGCUCCCGGUAGAACUAUACUCGUACCCUACCAUACAGUGUUAUCACUGUUGCCGUUUUGGGCAUACCCGCACUAUUUGCCGCUCCAAGCCACGUUGUUUCAAGUGUGGCCAGGAUCAUCCAGGGGAUGGAUGCCAGAUUCCAGCCGAGACUGCCACCUGUGUCAAUUGCAGUGGCACUCAUUUUGCUAAUAACAAAGCUUGUCCUGAAUUGGGUCGCCAGAAGAGCAUCAAAGCUCUGAUGGCUGAAAAAUCAAUUUCAUAUGCGGAAGCAAGCCAGGUUUUCCCUACUGUAAAAAGGUCUUAUGCUGAGGUCUCAAGAUCAGUCAACCUCAUUGAUCCAUCUCCUAUUAAAAAACCAUCCCAACAAAAGUCUCCUAUAAAAAAAACUAUGCACCUUAAACCUAAAUCACAUGCUCCCCUAUCUCCUAGCCAUGAUAAGAAGACUCAUCAGGCCCUUACCCAAGACCACUGUUACUCCCCAUCCAAAAACGGUUGCGCUUUCCCUGUGGAAUCCGGAACCAACAUUCGUAGCUCCAAGUACAUUCUUAAUAUAGUUUCUGAUAUGCUCAUGGCAAUACUAUCAAUCCCUGCCCAAACUGUACCGGACCACGUCGCACACAAGCUUUCAACAAUUCUUGAUUAUAUCUGUAAAAUUCCUACCUCUAAGGGCCCCCGCGCACUAGGCAGCCUGGCUGCGCAGCCAGGCUGCGGCAGCCAGAAUAUUUGCGCAGCCAGUUAUAACAGCCAAUCAACGACUAGUCUAGAUCCUUCCGUCGAGCAAUAUGGACGUGGAAGAACUUAUAAUUAUUGCUUACCUAUCUCGUAAAAAACGCAAAAUAAAGAAAAGAUACUGGAUUCAUCCUCUUUUUCUAGAAAGACACUCAAAAGGCUUAUUCCAAACCUAUUUCAAAGAUAUUCGCGCAUUCCCAGACCGGUUUUUGAACUACACGAGGAUGUCAGUGCAAUCGUUUGAUAACCUUUUGGAAAAAAUACGAAAUUCAAUCAAUGGCAUUGAUACUCCUAUGCGAGCUUGUAUAAAACCUGAAGAAAAACUGGUUAUAACUUUGAGAUAUCUUGCUACAGGAUGUUCUUUAAUGGAAUUGAGUCAUAAUUAUCGGAUUGGACAU